AUGGAUCCUUCAUCAUCUUCUACGCCAACAACAUCCCCAGAUCAAGAGGAAUCACCUCAAGAACAACCAAAUCCUGGUAGUAUCAUUGAUCAAAAAGAACCAUCACCAACACAACAAACACAACAAAAAACAGAUUUGGAACAAUUAUUUGUUGGUAAUAAUAAUAAUAAUAAUAAUAAUAAUAAUAAUAAUAAUAAUAAUAAUAAUAAUAAUAUGAAUAAUGAUAAUUAUUAUCAAAAUUCUGUAACACUUCCAAACCCAAAUAGAGAAGGUGGACAAUCCAGAUUAUCAAUGGAAACACUUAGUAGAUUAAUGUCACAAAACAAGAAUUCGAAUGCGACAUCAUCUACGACCAUUUCUGGAGCUGGUGCAACAACAUCCUCCUCUGGUUCAAGUUCCUCAUUAUCACCACCACCAGUACAAAAGCAACAUGGAUACACCUUUCAAGCUGGUGACGGAAAGGAACUGCGUAAAAAACUCCAACGUGCCCGUAAUGGGUCUGUUGGUGGCAGUGGCCAUCCAAAGUUGGCUAUCGACACUUUUGGAACCUCCAAGGAGAUUCCACAAUUCUAUCACGAAAUCAAGUAUCAAAUUGGCGAACGUAGACAACGUACCGAUACCGAUGCCUCCAAACUCCCUCAACAAUCCUCUUUGACCACCAUCCAGAGAGGACAAUUCAUUGAUAUUCCACUUAGGGAUUUGUCACGACCAUCCACUGGAAAUACUAUACAUGCACAACAGGUCCUCUCUCCCCCAACUGGCCCUGCUCUUACCAUUGAACCAACUCCAAUCACUGGUGUUGCCCCUACUUCACCCGAAAAACCAGCUGCCGAUACUCCCCUAUCCACCAAGGACAAGGCAAAGGUCAAACAAAAAGCUGCUGAAUAUGAUGUAGACGAACAUGAAUUUUCUUUAGAACAAUUAGCUAUAAAAUUUGGUACAAAUAUUAAUCUUAGUGAUCCAUCUCAAAGUCAAGGUCUAAGACAAGAAGAUGCAGCAACUUUAUUAUUAAGAUAUGGUAAAAAUGUAUUGAAACCACCAAAACAAACACCAUGGUUUGUUCAAUUAUUUUUAUGCUUUACCAACUUUUUCAUGAUUUUGUUGGAAAUUGCUGGUGCACUUUGUUUUAUCGCCUAUGCUUUGGAUACUUCACAAAGAGUCAAUUUGUAUCUUGGUUGUGUACUUUGGGCAAUCGUCAUCUUUACUUGUAUGUUGACAUUUGCUCAAGAAAGACAAAGUAGCAAUAUUAUGAACUCGUUUAAGAAUCUAUUACCACAAAGCUGUCGUGUUGUCCGUGAUGGCUCUGAAACUAAAAUUCCAGUAGAAGAUGUUGUCAUUGGUGACGUUGUAGUUGUUAGUGCUGGUGACAAGGUACCAGGAGAUAUUAGAGUUAUAACAUGUAGUAGUAUGAAAGUAGAUAAUUCAUCAUUGACAGGUGAAAGUGAAGCACAGUCAUGUACGGUAACAUGUACUGAUGACAAUCCACUCGAAUCACAUAAUCUUGCUUUCUAUGGUACUUUGGUGAUGGAUGGAUCUGCACGUGGUGUAGUUAUCCGUACCGGUACCAAUACACUGAUUGGCAAGAUUGCCGAUCUUGCCUCCAACACAGAGACGACCGAGACAACACUCCAAAUCGAAACCAAGAGAUUUGUCCACUUUAUCGCCAUUCUCGGUAUCUCUAUGGGUAUCAUCUUUUUCGUCAUUGGUUUUGGUGUUGGUUUGCAGCCAAUUCCAAAUCUUAUCAAUGUCUUGGGUCUCAUUGUUGCCAACGUGCCAGAAGGUCUACCAUCGACCAUCACGGCAUGUCUAACAGUCACAGCCAGACGUUUAUCCAAACGUAAUGUCUAUGCCAAAAAGUUGGAAUCCAUCGAAACACUCGGAUCCAUCACACUGAUUGCUUCGGACAAGACAGGUACUUUGACUCAAAAUCGUAUGACUGUCAGUCACAUGUGGUACGACGGUACCAUUGUCAAGGCCAUCGACGACGGUGCUACAGUCGGUCGUGAAAUGUUUAACAAGAAUUCAACCACCUGUGCUGAAUUGCUCAAGAUUUGUGCCAAUUGUAAUCGUGCCGACUAUGACAAGCUCUUGGAGGGUAACAUGGAACGUCAAAUUGACCAACGUCUCAUCCUCGGUGAUGCCUCUGAAAGUGCCCUCGUACGUCUCUGUGACAAGAAUGACCCGAUUGUCGAAGUACGUGCUGCCAAUCCAAAGGUAUUUGAAAUUCCAUUCAAUUCUGCCAACAAAUGGCAACUCUCUAUUCACAAGAGUACCAAUCCAGCCAACACAUCGCGUGUUCUCAUGAUGAAGGGUGCCCCAGAAAUUAUCAUCUCCAAGUGCUCCAAGAUCAUGAUCGAUGGCAAAGAAGUAGAGAUUGACGACAAAUGGAGAAACGACUUUACCCAAGCCUAUGAAGCUCUUGGUAGUAUGGGUGAACGUUGUCUUGGUUUCGCCCGUAUCAUUCUCGAUCAAUCUGAAUACGGUCCAAUGCAUGACAAUCUCUAUGAUGCUCAAACUCUUAAUUUCCCAACCUCUCAAUUGACCUUUGUUGGUCUUUGUUCUCUAUUGGAUCCACCACGUGAAAAUGUUCCAUUUGCUGUUCAUCAAUGUAAAACUGCUGGUAUCAAAGUUAUUAUGGUUACAGGUGAUCAUCCAAUUACAGCUAAAGCAAUUGCUAAAAAGGUUGGUAUUAUUUCAUCGCCAACAGCUGAAGAUAUUGCAGAACAAAAGGGAAUUCCACUUGACCAAGUUGAUGAUAGUGAAGUCAAAGCUGUUGUGUUGCAUGGUGCUCAAAUCCGUGAAUUGACUGACAAGGAUUGGGAUCGUGUACUUGCCAAGAGUGAGAUUGUGUUUGCUCGUACCUCACCACAACAGAAACAACAAAUUGUUGAAAAUGCCCAAAAGAGAAAGGAAGUAGUCGCCGUCACUGGUGAUGGUGUCAAUGAUUCGCCAGCACUCAAAAAGGCAGAUAUUGGUGUUGCCAUGGGUAUCGUCGGAUCAGAUGUCGCCAAGGAAACAGCCGAUAUUAUCUUGUUGGACGAUAACUUUGCCUCAAUUGUCGCCGGUAUCGAAGAGGGACGUAUUAUUUUUGAUAAUCUCAAGAAAUCUAUUGCCUAUACAUUGUCGCAUGCUGUUCCUGAAAUUGCACCUUUCCUCCUCAACAUUAUUGCUGGUAUCCCACUUGCCAUUACUUCGUUUUUGAUUCUCUGUAUCGAUCUCGGUACCGAGUUGGCUCCAGCCAUUUCAUUGGCCUACGAAACUGGUGAAAAGGACAUUAUGACACGUAAACCACGUCAGCUCGGUGUCGAUCAUUUGGUGACCACCAACCUCUUGUCCUACUCGUAUCUCCAAGCUGGUCCAAUCGAAGCUAUUGCCUCAUUCCUCAACUUCUUCUUGGUCAUGGCCUCCUAUGGAUUCCGUCCACAAGAUCUUCCCUACACUGCUAAAGAUUAUUUCCAAGAAGGUGCUCCAGACUUUGUAACCAGCGAUGGUGUCGCUCGUAACGCUCACUACCAACUCACUGCACUCGAAGAGGCUCAGACAGCCUACUUUAUGACAUUGGUCAUGUGUCAAUUCUUUAACCUCAUCACCAACAAGACUCGUGUCGUCCCCGUCUGGCGUCAUGGCAUGAAGAACAUGUUUGUCAAUUUCGGUCUUGUCAUUGAGGCUGGUAUCCUUGUCUUUAUCAUCUACACUCCAUUUGUCCACAAUAUUAUCGAAAACGCUUCCGUCCCUGGAAUCUACUGGGCAUUCCCACUUCCAAUCAUCUUUUGUCUAUUUGCUUGGAACGAAUUAAGAAAGAGAAUUGCUUUUGAUCAUAAUUUCGAAAUAUCAAAGGCUUUAGCUUUCUAA